GCUAACUUUACCGUGACAGAUAGCCGCCUGAUGAAGCUUGAAGAUGCGAUCAGUGUAUGCCAGCGGGCAUUACCCUCGGGCAUCUCACCUGCCCUUUUGCUGCCCUGUGAUUAUCAUUUAAGAGCGGGCACUGAUCGAUCUUGUUAACAACCAUCAUCAUGAGUUUGUUGCAAAGCAAGCACUGGGGCAGGGAUGUUUGGCUUGCCUUCAAGGACAUUUUCCUCGUCUCGUCCCUGCCAGGCUCAGCGACACGUAUCUCGGUUUUGGUACUGGCGUCCCUCUAUCUCCUGCAAAUAUAUCGCCGAAAACAACGAACGACACCCAUACGAGGACCUCGGAGCCCAGGCUGGGUGUUUGGCUUCGCCAAGACUGUGCUAGAUUCCACCACUACAACUGAACUGUACGAACGUUGGGCCAGCGAGUACGGUCCAGUGUACAAGGUUCCGGGUAUCUUUGGACAGUCCAAGGUUAUACUAUGGGAUCCGAAAGCAAUCUCUCAUUUCUUUGCAAGAGACACAUGGUUGUAUAACCAAGUUCCGUUCAACAAGAACGUCGUUCGAGCAACGCUCGGAAGAGGAGUGUUAUGGGCCGAUGGUGAAAGUCACAAAAGGCAGCGCAGGGCCCUCAAUCCUGCCUUGAGCGCAGCUGCUAUUCGCAACUUGACAUCUGUUUUCCAUGAUGCUGCUCACAAGACAGCGACCGCUUGGGACGGUGAGAUAGAAUCGAACCAAAGAACUCACUGCGCAGUAAUUGAUGUUCAACGAUGGAUGAAUCACAUCUCACUCGACAGUGCGGGCAUAGCCGUCUUCUCCCAUGACUUUGGUGCACUCGAUGGAAAUGACUCCGAUGUCGUGCACGUCCUGAAUGCAUUUGGUUCAUCUGCCAAUUUUUCCAACAACUUGGUCAUAUUGGCACAAAACUUUCCUUCCAUCCUGAAGCUGCCAUUGCCUCGCACACAAUUCGCCCGAAAAUUUCGCCUGAUAAUUGGCAAAAUAUGCCAGGAGUUGUUAUCGCGGACACGCAAGGAAACGGAGACUGGCGGUGCUGCGCAAGGGGACAAAUCGUGUUUGGGUUUGCUCUUGAAAGCGGAGGGAUCUGGUGAGAGCGCGGGACUGACUCCACAAGAAGUAAUAGACGAGGCAAGGGUUCUCCUCCUCGCCGGCUUUGAGACCACUGCAGUUACCAUGACAUGGGCUUUGGUAGAACUCGCGCGGAAUCCAGACGUGCAGACGAAGCUUCGCGACGAGUGUCUGGAGUUCGGACCGACUCCCUCAUAUGACGACCUGGCGAAUAAGCUUCCCUACCUGGACGCGGUGGCAAACGAAGUUCUUCGCCUCCACGCACCAGUCAAAGAGAUCCCGCGAUCGGCUACGCAAGAAGACGUCAUUCCACUCAGCGAGCCUAUGCGCACAGCUGCCGGUAGCUUUACCGAGAGUGUAUGCAUUCCAAAGGGGACUGUGAUCGUCGUCCCGUUCGCUGCACUCAAUUGCUCUGUUAGCAUGUGGGGCCCUGACGCGAAGACGUUCAAACCUUCCCGGUGGUUCGAAGAGGACGAGGGUACUCGGGGGGCAAGAGAAGCCCUGCAUGGCUAUCGUCAUUUAAUGACAUUCGGUGAUGGAGCGCGGAUGUGCCCAGGGAGGCUAUUUGCGUUGACAGAGUUCAAGGCUGUGUUGUUCGUCCUUGUGCGAACCUUUGUGUUUGAGAUGGCAGAUGGCCCUGGAGUGCAGAUUGUGGAGGGUUUGGGGAUGUUACCAAGGCCGGGAGUGGUUGGGAGUGCUGAGGCUGGAAGUGUGCCCCUCCGGGUGCGUCGCUACGAGUUUUGAUUGCUCUGUAACUAUGUAAUGGUAUCGUAAGGAAACUGUAUGCUAACCUCAAA